AUGGAGGAUAAAGUUAAGGAAGACUUGCUUCUUCAAAACAUUUUUCAAAUAUGUUUGAAAAAAGAAGAGUCUAAUAAUACAAAAAUUUAUUUAGAAUCAUAUGAAAAAGAAUUAAAACAAAAUAACGAAGAAUUAUAUUUACAAAUUGAUAAUAUAUAUUUCUUGUUACUUCAUAAAAUUGCAGAUUUACAUAAAAAAAAAAAAAAUUGCUUAAGUUAUCUAUGCUCUUGUUCUGCUCGAUUAUUAGAUAAAAAUUUUUAUAAAGGUACAAAUUUAGAUAGCAAACAAACUGACAAUUUAAUUAAUGAAAUUUUAGAUCAAAUAAUAAACAGCGCAUUAAUUUAUUUAGAAAAUUUAGAUAUAUAUCCAAAUGUAAAAAUAUCAUAUAAAGAGAGAAUAAAUGUUUUUUUUGAGUUUUUAAAAGGUUCUUGUACUUCUCGUUUUUUAAAAAAAAUGUUAUCAGUUAUAGAAGAAAAUGAUAGAAAUGAAGAAGAAAGCGGGAAGCAGUUAAACAAAAUUUUUAAUCCAAUAAUAAAUAUGAUUUUAGAAAAUUUGAAUUCUAGAAAUUUAGUAUAUCCAAAAAAUGAUAUUGCUGUAUUAUUAAAGUUUAUAACUAGUUUUAAACAAAUAGCUGAUUUAGUAAUGAAUAAUAAAUCAGUCUUUUUAUAUUUAAAUUUAACUGAUAGAAUGCAAGAUUCUUUUUUUGAAAAAAAAUCACAAAAUAAUUCUUCUAUUGAAUCAUCUAAUAAUAAAAAUAAUAAUGAAAUAAAUAAAGUUUCCUAUACAUCAUCACCCAAUUCUUUAAUAUCUAACGCGAACAUCCUUAACGAAAAUGAGCAUAAUAAUAAUUCAACGUCAGAUGUUAGUAUACGUGAUAAUAAUAUAAGUGAUGUUAUUUCUACUAAUGUACCAAAUAAUACUAAUUCAAACAAUAGUAAUUCCCUUAUUAAUAAACCAUGUAGUAAGGAUAAAGAAGUGAAUAACUGUGGAUAUAACUUACAGUUAAAUAGUUUAUUAGGUAGAUUAUUAUCUCCAACAAUACUAACUAUGCCUAAUAUAAUAAAAAAAGAAGAAAUAGCAAUGUAUAAAUAUUUUUACAAUACAACUACUAACACACUAAAUAAGAUGACUUUGAGCUCUUUAAAAAAUACAUAUGUUUUACUAAGAAGAGAUACGGACUGGAUACUAGAAAACUGCGUAGAUAUAAUAAAAAAUUUAUUAAAAGGAAGCAAUGAAAGCAAAAAAAAAGUAUUGUUAUGGAUAAAUUGUAUAAUUUUAUCAAAUGAGAAAAAAACAAAAAUAAUAUAUCAUUAUGCUUCUUAUCCUCAAUCAUUAGAUAACUCAUAUGGAUUAUUCUUAAAAUUAUUAGGUGAAAACUCAUAUGGUUUUUGUCUUAAUAUGUUUUGGGUAUUAUUAUGUUUAUGUGAACCAAUUACAACAAAUAAAAUUAAUGAUAUUGAUUUCUUUUUUUUUUUAAGAAAUGAUCCUUUUUCUAAAUUUAUUUUAAAAAAUAUAACAAAUCAAUCUUCUUUUGAAGAAAAAUUGAAUGUAGAAAAAAUAAAAAAUAAAGUCAAAAACUUAGAAAUUUUUCAAAAAGAACCAAAAUUUAUUACAUGUAUAUUUUGGAUGACCUUUAAAUCUUUAAGUGUUUUUUUUAAACCAGCUGUUGAUGAAUUUAUUAAAAUAAUUCAGGAAGUAGGAAACGCAAAAGAUAAAAAUUUUUAUUAUAUGAAUAUACAUGCAUGGAAAAUAUUCUUGUAUAAUUCCCGUUUUAUUCAAUUAUUAUUUAAAUUUUUACAUUUAUCUAUGAGUUAUUUCUUACAUGUUGUUUAUUUAUAUGAUAUAAAUGGCAACAUAAAUGUUAAUAUGCAAAAUUAUUUAAAUGAGCAUAAAGACAAUAUAUCUCAUUUGGUCUUAAAAUGUUGCCCACCACCAAAUGAAAAAUACUACAAUAAAAAUAUAAAUUUUGAUAAUUUAAUAAUUAACACAGAUAAAAAAAUAGAUGAGGAUAAAAAUAACCUAGAAAAAGAUAAGGAAUAUGAUACUGAUGAAUUACAAAGAGAAGAUAUAAUUGAAGACACAGUAAAUAAUAAUAAAAACAAUGAAGAUAAUAAUGAAGUUUCUCAAUCACUUAGUGACACAGAUAAAAAUGAUCGUUUAUAUGCGUCACCCCAGUUUUCUAUAAUUCCUACUUUUUUUUUAAGUGAUAUAUUUGAAAUAAUUUAUUUAUUGUAUGAAUUAGAUAUAUUUAAAAGUCAAAAUAACGAAAAUUUUUUAAGUUAUUUAAAUAUGGAUUUAUUUAUAGCAUUUUCAAUUUUUACUAUGUUAAGUGAACAUCAUAUUAAAAGUAUACAUAUAAGGUGUGAAUCAGCUCCGAGAACAUUUUCUUUUUUAUAUAAAUUUGAUAAUUUAAAAAAAAUAAUAGAAGAAUCAGAAUUAACUAAAAAAUAUAUUAUUAAAUCAUUGACCAAUGUAUUUAUUGCAUCUCAAAAAGGAGAAUACACAGAGAGAAUGCAAACUAGGGUUCGUAUAGUAGAAAACUUUAAUAGUUUUUUUUUAAAUAAUAUAUAUGUUAAUCAGUUUACUCAAUUAGUUAUAAAUAACAAUAAUCUUUUUGUUCAUCUAAUUCACUUAUUAUUAAAUGAUGUUAGUUUUUUAGUAGAGGAAGUAGUUUCAUAUCUGUCCGAAAUAAAAAGAAGAGAAGAUAAAAAAAAAGUUGAAAUAGAAAAUUCCAUAUCUAAUGCAAAUUCUUACGCAAGUGCAACUCGAAAUAAUAGAAGUACAAAUUCCAAUAUGAGUAAUCAAAUAAAUUCAUCAAAUAUACAUCUAGAUAAUAAUUCUCAUUUAGAUAAUGAAGAAUCUCAUAAUUUAAAUGGGUCAUUUAGUGAUAAUAGUGAAAUUGAAGAUUCAGGAGUAGAAACAGAUUUAACUAAUGAAAGCAUGAGAAAUUUAGCUGCAAAGACAAAAAUGAUAAUAACAUAUUGCUACAAAUCUUGUAUCUUUUUAAAUUUAUUAUGCAAAAAUUAUUCAAAAAAUAUAGUUACUUCUAACACUAUACUAUCUCAAAUCGUAACAUGCUUAAAUUGUUACUUUGAUUAUUUAGUAGGACCAAAAUGCUUAAAUAUUAAAGUAAAAAAUAUGGAGCAGUAUAACUUUAGACCACAAUUAUGGCUAACUAGUAUAGUUGAAUCUUACUUAUUUUUAUUAAAUUCAGAAAAAGAACAUGAAGAAUUAUUAAUAAGAGAAAUAGCAAAUGAAGGGAGAUAUUAUAAACCUCAGAUUUUUAAUAAGGCUUAUUAUAUAUGUAAGAGAGAAGGAUUAUUGCAUAAAGAAGAAUUAAUUAAAUUUAAAAAAUUUUGUCAACAAAUUAUAGACAUGAAAGAUGAAGUUGAACUAUUUGAUGAUGUAAAUGAUAUACCAGAAAAAUUUUUAGAUCCUAUUUUACAAGAUAUUAUGUUAGAUCCUGUUUUAUUACCUACAUCUGGAAUAAUCAUUGAUCGAAAAAAUAUUGAAAGGCAUCUAAUGAGUGAACCAAAUGAUCCUUUUAAUAGAGCACCACUUUCAAAAGAACAGUUGGUUGCAAUGCCUGAACUAAAAGAAGAAAUACACAAAUAUAUAGAUAAGUUAAGACAAGAGAAAAAAGAAAAAAAAAAAAAUCUAGAAAUAGAUAUUGAAAAUGAAGAAAUUGAGAAAGAUAAAAAGGAAGAACAUUUAGACAAAAAUAAGGAAAACGAUAAUGAAUUUAUAAAUAAAAAUGAAGAAGAAUCUGAAGAAAAUAAAAAUAAUGAGUGA